AUGGCAGACACAUAGAUGACCUUUUCUUCCUUUUCUAAAUUUGCACUGCUGUUUUAUUUGGAUGAUCUGAGCAAUGAGGAAUUAAAUAAAUUCAAGUUACUCUUAAAGAGGAACACAGGUACUGCUCAAUACCAUGCCUGGGCUGCACUGAAGGCCAAAGAACUGGCUUACUUCUUGAACAGAUAUUAUUGAGAAGGGUAGACCUGGAAGGUAGCCCUCAAAACCUUUAGGAACAUGAGCCUGAGAGAUAUGAGUAAAAAGAACAAAACAGAAGCCAACUGGUCAACAAAGACCAUGGAGUCGGAGGAUGCUGAGGCGAUGAAAGACCAAGUUUCUGAAGAGAAAAUGUUAGCUGAUGACAUAGACUACAGAACUGUAAUAAAGGAAAACUUUUGCAUUGUAUGGGAUAAGAAUUCUUUGCUUGGAUUAUCUGCAACUUUAAAUCAUGCAAUUACUCAGAAAGACCAAAAGCUGUUGGAGAGUAUGUUUGAUGUGAAUAUCCAAACGUACAAGUUGCCACAAACAGUAAUCCUUCAUGGAGCUGCUGGAAUUGGGAAGACAACGUUAUUGAGAAAGGCAAUGCUAGCAUGGGCAGAUGGCAAUCUCUAUAAGGAAUUUACCUAUGUUUUUUAUCUCAGUGGGAGAGAAAUUAGUCAAAUGAAGGAGAGAAGCUUUGCCCAGUUAAUAUCAAAAAACUGGCCUAGGGCUGAAGGCCCCAUUGAACAGAUCCUCACUCAGCCCAGUAACCUCCUGUUUAUAAUUGAUAGUUUUGAUGAACUGGACUUCUCCUUUGAAGAGCCAGAGUUUGCACUGUGUAGAGAUUGGACCCAGGAGCACCCAGUGUCCUUUCUCAUUAGUAGUUUGCUGAGGAAAGUGAUGCUCCCCGAGUCAUUCUUAUUAGUAACAACUAGAUCCCCAGCUUGGAAGAGAAUAUUGCCUUUGUUGCAUAACCCUCAUAGCGUAAAGCUGCCAGGACUGCCUAAGAAUGUAAGGAUGGAGUACAUCAGCCAUUUGUUGAAAGAUAAGGCAUGGGCUAUGUAUGCGAUCUGUUUAAUAAGAAAGAAUGACAGGCUUUUCAACAUGUGCCAUGUCUGCCACGUGUGCCAGAUGAUCUGCACUUGUCUGAAGGAGCACGCGGAGAAAGGUGGCGACGUUGCAGUGAUCUGCCACACCACCACAGCUCUGUUCACGUGCUAUGUCUGCAGCUUAUUUCCACACAUAGUUGGGAGCUCCUCUGCUCUGCCCAAUGAAACCGUGCUGAGGAACCUGUGCCAGGCAGCCGCUGAAGGCGUUUGGACGACAAAGCAUGUGCUCUACCAGAAAAAUCUCAGAAAGCAUGAGCUAACCAGAGAUGACAUCUCAGUUUUUCUGGAUGCAAAGGUCCUUCAGAGGGACACAGAGUAUGAAAACUGCUACACGUUCGCUUACCUCCACGUUCAGGAGCUUUUUGCAGCUUUGUUUUAUUUGCUGAGAGAUAAUCCAGAUAAAAAAGACUGUCCCUCCAAACCUUUCGAAAACCUGUAUCUGUUGCUUGAAAGCAACCAUUUGCAUGACCCCCAUUUGGAACAGAUGAAAUGCUUUUUGUUUGGUCUAUUGAAUAAAGACCGAGUACGACAACUGGAGGAAACUUUCAACCUUACGAUAAAUAUGGACAUAAAAGGUGAGCUACUUUCGUGUCUGGAAGCGUUGAAAAAGGAUGACUCUUCUCUGUCACAGCUGAGGUUUCUAGACUUGCUUCACUGUCUGUACGAGACUCAAGACGAAGAAUUCAUAACUCAGGCACUGAGCUAUUUCCCCAAGGUUGCCGUGAAGGUUAACGAAGAAACCCAAUUGCUUGUAUACUCAUUUUGUCUUAAGCACUGCCACUCCCUACAGACUGUCAAACUGACUGCGGUGGCAGAGUUGACGAAUAUGUUGCACGUGGACCCCACAGAUGAAACUUGCCUCAAGGAUGCUGCUGUUCAAAUCACUCACUACUGGCAAGAUCUGUUUUCUGUGCUUCAUACAAAUGAAUGCCUGAGAGAAAUGGAUCUGUAUGAAAGCAAACUUGAUGAAUCGUUGAUGAAAAUUUUAAAUAAAGAAUUAAGUGACCCAAGAUGUAAACUACAAAAACUACUGCUCAGAGAUGUCUGUUUCCUGAAUAGCUGCCAUGACUUUAGUUUUCUGGCUUCUAGCCAUACCCUGACACAUCUUGACCUGAAAGAUACUGACUUAGAAAAACAUGGAUUAGAAAGCUUAUGUAAAGCCUUGAAAUGCCAACAGUGUAAAUUACGGGUGCUGAGGUUGGAAUCCUGUGACCUGAACGCAUUCCAUUGUCUAAUUCUAUGUGAGGCUCUCUACAGAAACAGUAGCCUGGUGUUUCUGAAUCUGUCCACCAACAAUCUGACAAAUGAUGGGGUGAAGUCGUUGUGUGAGGUCCUGGAAAACCCAGACUGUCAUCUAGAGAGACUGGUCUUAGCAAGCUGUGGCUUCACAAAAGCUGUUUGUGGUGUUCUUUCUGAGGCUCUCACCAAAAGCAAGAGGCUGACGCAUUUAUGUUUGUCAGACAACAACUUGGAAGAUGAAGGGAUAGAGCUUCUCAGUGACGUCUUGAAGCAUCCACAGUGUACCCUACAGAGCCUUGUGUUGAGGAAUUGCUUUGUCACUUCGCUUGGUAGCGAGUUUCUCGCCACCGCCCUGCUGAACAAUAGGAGUUUGAUACAUCUGGACCUGGGAUUUAACUCACUCAAGGAUGAUGGAAUAAACCUCCUGUGUCACAUCCUUCAGGAGCCAACAUGCAGUCUUCAGGAGUUGGAGUUGAUGGGCUGCGUUCUCACGAGUGAUUCUUGUCUGGAUCUGGUUUCUGCUCUUGUGAACAACUCAAGCCUCUGGAACCUAGAACUCGGGAACAACAACUUGAAGAAUAGUGGCCUGCAAAUUCUGUGUCAAGCUUUAAAAGAUCCAAGAUGCCACAUUCAGAGGCUAGGAUUGGAAAACUGUGGUUUAACCCCUGACUGCUGCCAGGAACUCUUAGCUCUUUUUUGUAAGAACCAAAGUUUGGUACACAUGAACUUAAUGAAGAAUGGCCUUGAUCAUGAAGUAAUUAGGACUUUAUGUACAGUCUUGAGGUCUCCAACAUGCAAAAUGGAAUUUCUAGCGUUGGACAAAAAGGAAAUUUUCAGGAAGAAAAUCAGGAAGUGUCUGGACGAUGUCAGAAUUAACAAUCCAAAAUUGGUCAUUAGGUCACACUAUCCUAAUACAGAAAGUGAGUCCUGGUGGCAGUAUUUCUGAAGAACCUCAUGGCCCUUUAAAAGUUAAAAACAUAACU